CAACCGUACCACGGCGCCUUGCAGAACACUUCCCAAGCCCAAAGCCAUUACACCAACCACUCUCGGGCUCUGCUCUAUUUAUGGAGGAGCAGCCAGCUACAGGCUACAGCCGUGGCGAAAGCACACACGGAUCAAUCACACUCACUCGCGGCCAUUGUCCUGCCCGUGCGUGCUCUGCCUUUUCAGGCGAUCGACCAACCAACUUCUCGUCACUGCCAUGGCUCUGCUCUCCGACCUCAUCAACCUCGACCUCUCGGGCCGCACCGGGAAGAUCAUCGCCGAGUACAUCUGGGUUGGCGGUUCCGGGAUGGACGUCAGGAGCAAAGCCAGGACGCUGUCCGGACCUGUUGAUGACCCCAGCAAGCUUCCGAAGUGGAACUUCGACGGCUCCAGCACCGGCCAAGCUCCGGGCGACGACAGCGAAGUCAUCCUUUGGGACCCGUUCAGGAAGGGGCAGAACAUACUGGUCAUGUGCGACUGCUACGAGCCGAACGGGGAGCCGAUCCCGAGCAACAAGCGGCACGGGGCCGCGAAGAUCUUUAGCCACCCUGACGUCAAGGCUGAGGAACCAUGGUUCGGGAUUGAGCAGGAGUACACCCUUCUCCAGAAGGACACCAAGUGGCCUCUCGGUUGGCCGCUGGGCGGCUACCCUGGCCCUCAGGGACCUUACUACUGCGCCGUCGGAGCGGACAAGUCCUACGGGCGGGACAUCGUGGACGCGCACUACAAGGCCUGCCUCUACGCCGGCAUCGACAUCAGUGGCAUCAACGGGGAGGUCAUGCCGGGGCAGUGGGAGUUCCAGGUCGGUCCUGCCGUCGGCGUCUCGGCCGGCGACCAGCUCUGGGUGGCUCGCUACAUUCUUGAGAGGAUCACCGAGAUCGCCGGCGUGGUUGUCUCCUUCGACCCCAAGCCAAUUCCGGGGGACUGGAAUGGCGCUGGUGCACACACCAACUACAGCACCAAGUCGAUGAGGAGCGACGGCGGGUACGAGGUGAUCAAGAAGGCGAUCGGCAAGCUGGGCCUCCGGCACCGGGAGCACAUCGCCGCGUACGGGGACGGCAACGAGCGCCGCCUCACCGGCCGCCACGAGACCGCCGACAUCAACACCUUCGUCUGGGGCGUCGCGAACCGCGGGGCGUCGGUGCGGGUGGGCCGCGACACCGAGAAGGAAGGCAAAGGCUACUUCGAGGACCGGAGGCCGGCGUCCAACAUGGACCCGUACGUGGUGACCUCGCUGAUCGCGGAGACAACCAUGCUGUGGGAGCCCAGCCACUCCAACGGCGACGGCAAGGGCGCCGCGGCUCCUUGAUUUGAUUCUGCGGAGACUGAGCUCUGUGUGUGAGCCGGCCUGCGUAGAUGGCAAAUGGGACUGACCCUGUCAGAAACUUGAGAUGACCAUAAUAAUAGCUGCAGUGUGCUCGUUCUGGGGUUGGAUAAGACCCAAGAACUUUUUUUAGCUUUCUUCGAACAAGUAAUCAUGGUGCUGAACCAACACAGAUGUGCUACUAAACACAUCUAACGAGUCAAACGCCGAAGCAUAUCCCAACGCACAACCCCGGUUAAUCUUGUUACCCAUGGAUUGAAUGAGAUUGAAAAAAAUUAAGAAAGAGUUUGAUUUAGGGUUUGUUCGCUUUCCUCUCAAUCUAUAUGGAUUGGGUGGGAUUGGAUGGGUUUAAAUCCCGAACAAGUUAAAAUCCUUCAUAUUUUUUUCCAA